AUGGAUCAACUGAAUAGUGCGAGAAGAGAAGCGGCGAACAAUGCCUUCUCUUCUGCUUUUGCUCGAAAUGAAGCAGGUCCUUCUCAUUUAUCCCAAGAGGCUCGUCAAUCUCCGCCUCCCUCUUGGAACGUAGCACGCCGUUAUGCAAUCAUCGUUGAUGCCGGCUCGUCAGGUUCACGUAUGCAAGUGUAUUCUUGGAAAAAUCCAUUGGUAGACCGAGCAGAACGAGAACAAAAAGGUGAAAAGAUUAAAGUUUUACCUACGGUAGAAAAAGGAACAUGGGAAGGCAGUGGAUUGGAUUGGCAACUCAAGGUCGAACCUGGCCUUUCUACUUUUGGAAGUCAUCCUCAGGAUGUGCAUUCAUAUCUAGAACCUCUUUUUGAUCAUGCAAAACAAAUCAUUCCUCCAGAGCUGAUGGCCGAUACACCCGUUUAUAUUCUCGCAACUGCGGGUAUGCGUUUAUUACCCGAUGAUCAACAAAAUGCCGUCUUGCAAAACACUUGUUCCUUCAUUUCCGACAAAACGCCAUUUAAUUUGGGUAUUGGCGGCUGUCAGAAGCACGUACAGGUAAUCAAAGGAGAAGAAGAAGGAUUGUUGGGUUGGAUUGCAAUCAAUUACCUUAUGGACGGUUUCCAUUUCAAGCCUUCAAUUGAUGGAACAGAAGGAAAGAGUACAUUUGGGUUCUUGGACAUGGGCGGUGCAAGUACACAGAUCGCAUUUGAGCCUAGUGUACCUGCACAGAUUGCCAAUCCUGAUACGCAGGAUGACUUGACGCCUGUUGCCCUGCGUAUGCUAGAUGGAACUGAUGUAGUGCACAACGUUUUCGUGACAACCUUCCUUGGCUUUGGAACGAAUAAAGCAAGAGAUCGAUACCUGAACUCCUUGGUUCCCUCCUCCUCUUUGACCACCACUCCGGUAACUGAUCCAUGUCUGCCAAAAGGACUAGAACUCAAGCUACCUCAGGACCACACCGCAACUGCUGCAAUUUCACCCUCUCUCGUCGGAUCUGGAUCAUUCGAUCAAUGUCUAAAGUCUCUUGCACCGCUUCUUGACAAAGAAGCAGAAUGUAGUCGACCUCCAUGCCUUUUCCAUGGUGUUCAUGUGCCUCCGAUCGAUUUUAGUGUGAACCACUUCAUUGGGGUUUCUGAAUAUUGGUUCAGUUCGAAUGAUGUAUUCAAAUUGGGAGGCGUGUACGAUUUCGUAUCGUUCCAAAAGGCUGCUCAAGCAUUCUGUGGCUCAUCUUGGGACACACUCUCAUCCCAAUUGAAAGAUGGAACUGUGUUCGGAAAACAAGUUACAGCAGAUCGUUUGGAGAUGCAAUGCUUUAAGUCGGCUUGGAUGGCGACAGUAUUGCAUGAAGGAAUUGGUAUUCCACGAAUCACUGAUCCAGGUGGUGAAGGUGAAGGCAGAGUACACGCUGAUGAAGCACAAGGAAAAGCAGAUGAAAAGAAUUUGUUCCAAAGUGUGAAUGAUGUUGGUGGACUCGCAGUUAGUUGGACAUUGGGAAAAGCAGUUUUAGAGGCAAGUAAAAAUAUUCCACCUUUGCCUGCCAAUGGCCCAAAUAGCGCACCCGUACAUGGAGAACCGGAAGUGCAACAGGUUGGCGGAACAUGGCAAGACAAUUUCAGUCCAGCGUACCAUAGGCCUUCGGAAGCACUCUUAUCGGGACGCAAUGCGCAAUUGCCAGCUCUUGGAAUGUUUUUGACCGGUUUGAUUGCAUUUUUGGCUGUUAUGCUUUGUUGUGUUUUACGUGGACGAUCAGCAAAGGCAGUCAAAAGGAGGGCGAUGUUGCGAGACUUUUUACGCUCGCCUUGUUCAAAACGACAAUCUUCCCAUGGCGAUUAUACGUUGGCUGAUAUGGAAGAA